CUUGGUCGCAGGAAAGAUCUGUUAUCUUUUAGGACCGAAACCGCACUGCUUUAUCCACUCUUUUCCAGCCUUUCCUUUCAUCACCUCCGGCGGCAAUGGCUGCUUCUUCUCCAACUAUAAUCCCUACCCUGUCAACGUCCCGCUUGUCCAAGACACCGGUGUCUUGCUCUUCUUCUCCCUCACUCACUGCCUUCAACGUAUUCCCCAGUGCCUUAAGGCCUCUGGUGCUCCACACGAAGAGGAACAGACAUUCUGAGGUGCUCGCCAAUGCCCAGCAGACUUUUGAAUUCUCCGGCGGUUCAUUAUUCGAUUCCGAGUUCGAAGACGAUGACGAGCCACCAUCUACCCCCGGUUGGGGCAUUCCCGAUAUAGAAGAUAGAGAGGAGCCCCAGUGUCCUCCAGGGCUGAGGCAGUAUGAAACGAUGACGGUUUUGAGGCCCGACAUGUCUGAAAAUGAACGGUUAGCACUCAUCCAGAAAUAUGAAGAGUUGCUUGUUGCUGGGGGUGGUGUGUAUGUGGAGGUGUUCAAUCGAGGGAUUGUUCCUCUUGCUUAUGGUAUUAAGAAGAAAAACAAAGCAGGAGAGACCAACAUAUACUUUGAUGGAAUCUAUAUCUUGUUCACAUAUUUUACCAAACCAGAGUCCCUAGAAGAACUAAAGGAGAUGCUGAAUGCUGAUGAUGAUGUCAUCCGUUCAACCAGUUUCAAGAUAAGGAAAAGGAAGUAUUGAUUUCUUGCAUGGCUCAUGAAGUGACUAUUCAUUCCAGGUUUAGGCAUUUAGUAUGAACUUGCUGCCUGGAAUAAUGAGUCCCCUAGACUCAUUAUUUUCCCCUAGUGAUUGCUAUCAUGUUUUGGAGCAGCUGUGCAUAUGAUAUUGGAUUAUGAAAAUCUGAUUGAUCUAUGUGUCCUGCGCCAAUCACAUGUUCUAAAUAGUAAUUGCAACUAAUUAUUAAUCACAUAUGCAUCCUUUUCCUGUGCCUUUUUUCUUAAUCAUAUCAAUACAAUCACAGGCCAGUUCGGGUCUGAAAACUGGAAGAGCCUUAGCUGGAAUGGGUAUUAAUACUGGUUGACCAGGAAAAUUGAGUUAAAAAUCCAGAACAGGGAUAUGAAAACCGAUUACGGACCCACUUCAUUGCAACCCUAACUGGCCCAACCUUCAUCAGUUGCUUGUCCGGUUCAAGCCCGGAAAAGCAUUUUUUUGGGUAAAAAAACCUCACAGCCUUAGCCAGGUUCUGGUUUGGAGUCGGACUGUCGAAGCCAUGUCCAAAGAGUACUUAAUGUUGGGAAUUGACUUGAACAAGAAAAAACUAAACCAGGAGCUAAAUAUAUCAGUUCCGGGCCUCUUUGAUUGUAACUCCUAGAGACCAAUUACCUGUCAGGCUGUCAUGUUUUCUUACCUGACAGGUAACUCCUAAUGUACUCUCUCAGUAGUUUCUCUGUUCAUUGAAACUUUGCCAACUUUCCCUUUUUAGUUGUCUCAUUAACUUUGUUGCUUUCCCUUUUAAGCAAAGAAUUUUUUGCUCGUGCUAGUCGAAACUUGACCAAGUUUUAAGGGACGCAAGGAGUAUAAAUAAGCCUACAUGCCACUCCUACUGUAGAAACGAUUGUCAUGUAACACCUAAUGUUAAGGGUGCGUUUUCUCUGUUUGAAGUUUUUGAGUUGAGACCAUGUCCAAGCCUACGUGGUGGUGAGAUUUGAUUGAUUCAGGUUUGAGGUUCAGCUUUAGGGUGACUGAGACUCUGAGAGAAAUGAGAGGAAUCCUUACCAUCCUCGCCUCACAAAAAGGUUUUAUCCAGGAGAAUAUGGCAUUUCCACAUUAUUGUUCCAUUUCUAAAUCCAAAUGCUCCUUUGAUUCUAAAAGUUUUUUUUUUUGAACCGUCUAAAAGUUUACUUAUAGAGUAAGGCGUAUAAAAAUCAUUUAUUUAUUUUAUGAGCGUUAGGACAAUUCUAUGAUAUCUUGAGUGGUGAUUUUGUUAACAUUUUUUAAUGCAUCCUUGAAGGUUUAGUACUUUGAAAAAAGUUAUAACAUUUUCUUUAGUACUAAGAAUGUAUCUAGUUGUACUGAUUUCAGUCUCAAUUCUCAAACUAGACUAGAUAUGAAUAAAUCAGAUUGGCCAAGUUUUAUGUCGUACAUAAUAGUAAUAACAUACAAAGUACUAUGUAUAAAAUAGAUCUUUAUCAUAUUAGAUUAGACUAGACAAGAAGAUGCCGUCUAAAUGAAACUUUGACUCAUUUACAAAAAGAUGUCACUUUCUUUUCAUUAACUUUUAGUAAGAAUGACCAAAGAUAUGAAACAAUGUGGAGAUGAUUUUAAAAAGUCACAAAAUAAUUUAAAACUCUAAAUCUACUUCAAUCACUUCUCUCUACAUCAUCAAUUGGGCAACUGGCUAGCCAUCAAACACCUUCAUAACUUUUUCUAAAUAAUGGUUAAAAAAGUGAUCGGAGCUUUCAUUACCGGUAUAGUUGCAGUCUUACUUAUAGAGGUUGUAGUGACAUUUUUUAGAGGAGUUAUAGUGACAUAUACAAUCACUUAUUUAUAAUUUGAAAAAGUAAUUAAGUUAAUGUUUUUGGCUUUUCUUUAGACAUAGUUACCGAAAUCCCCAACUUUGAUAAGAUUAAUUAUCAUUAUUAUAUAAAGUCAAUUUGUUUUUGAGUAUGUAUACAUACACAUUUUUUUUUCUUUUUCGAACUUUUAUGAAUAAUUAUAAUUUUCAAAAACGCACAACUCGAUCUAAAAAAGUUAAAAUUUGAAUAAUAGAGUUCGCGUAAACUUUGUUGUAAGACAUAUUGAAAUAAUAGUGAAUAAUUUCCUCAACCUUUUUGAAAGAAAAAAAUAUGAUUAAUCUCUUACCUAAAAAAUGUGACUAGUCUUUGUCUAAUUCAUUUAUAAUUUCUAUCCUCCUAAUUCAUAUCCAACUUCCUACCCAUUAUCACUCACUCUUCCAUUCCCGGCCCACUACCCGAAAUCACAACCUGUAAUUGUCAAAAAAUUUAUUGAAGAAAUUUAGCAGUGAAUUUUUCCGGCAGUUAUAUUGACAUAUUUCACGAUAGUAGUGAUGCCAACGGUAAGUGACGAUGAAACAAUAUAUUGACAAUGCCAUAAAAACUGUCACUGACAUAGUAAAUUGAUAGACACUCAUAGUUUCCCCAUAUUAUUAUCUGCAUUCCCUAGUAUAGCAUGAUAAGUGUAAGAUUGUCAUUGCUACAAAAGUGAUUUUUUAUCUUUAAUUUAUGAGGUACUCCCCCCGUCCCUGAAUUUACUUCUAUAGUACAAUUGGCACAUGGAUUAAGAAAGUGGGAAAUGUGUGGUGGAGAGUUGUGCAGAAGAAAGAGAAAUGUGUAAGAAUUGCUAUGAACCACAAAUUCUAUGUCAAAAAGGGAAAGUGAAAUUCUUUUUUGGACGGACAAAAAGGGAAAGUUGGAAGUAAAUUGAGGGAGUAUCAUUAAACUACUUGAGUGUGAGAUCUUGAUCCCCUUUUAGUUUGUGGAUGACAAGAGGAAUAGCAUCCACAUCACUUUGAUGUGGUUGAUAACUCUUCUCCUCUCUUAAUAUCCGUUAAUCUUUGUUGAUGUGAUUCGUUGGUCUUCAAUGUCAUGCCAAAUUCUUCAAUAUGAUGCCAAAUAUUGCACACUUUGUAAUAUCUUUAGGAUUGGAAAUAUUUCUUUUUUAAUUUAAUCUAUCAAGGCGAAAGGAUCUUCAAAGACCAAUAGUACAUAAAUGUUUACAACCCCCUUCUUCGAAUAGCUUAAUUGCUAUAGGUCAUGUCUUAACACCUGAAAAUCCUGAAAUAGGCAUCAUAAAACUGGAAAGCUUUUAGAGCACAGUAUAUUUUCCCUAUUUCUUGCUCCCUUCCAAGUUUCAACUCUUUUGUAGUAUAACGCCUUAUAGAAUUGCAUCAUACAAAUAUGAGUUGUCUCGUGCAUUUCUUUGCUAAAAAAGGCGAAUAUGAUGUUACAACACUAACAUAUAGCACCUAAAAUAUUUAGAGUAAGUUAGGCUUCCUGAUUGACUGCCACUUAUACAUAUGCUUAAAACAAGAAAAGAAACAAAGUAGAAGGCAUCUGGGGUGAUAUUUUGUAAAGUAAAAGUCCUGAUGAAAUCAUAAAAGUUAUCCUUAAAAGUUGUCCUAUACGGAACACUUGAAAUUUCAUCUUUAAAAGUUAACCAAAUAGAAGAGAGAUCCUAUCUCUCUGCCCUUAAAAACUUUCUAGUAUCCUUGUUAAGAUGUCCUUUACAAAGUUAUCUUUCUCAUCAAUUUACUCUACUAGUUUUAGACUUUUAGUAAUAUUACCUCCGUCCAAUUGGAAAUUACAAAACAUGUGUUUGGUAUGAAAUAAGAAGAGUGAAAAUUUUGUGGUUGAGAAUGGUAAAGAGAAGAGAGAAAAAUUAAAAUUACAAAUUAUUUACUUUAACGAGAAAGCGACGAAGUUUUUUGACGAAUAAAAAAAGAAAUUUGGCAAUGUUCAAUGAGACAAAUGAAGUAAUAAUAUGUCAAAAAGUGUUUACAGUGUACUCUAUAAUCUCAUUUACCAUCAGUAAAAGAACAUUUCAUGAAGCUAAAGAAAGAAAGUUUAUAUCAAGCGUGUAAUUCAAACUAGGAACUUCUUUAAGGGGCAUAAAGAGUACCAAUAUAUCAGGACUCUUCUUAGUCCAAAUUAACUUGAUUGAAGGUGUAGUCCCAAUUAUAUUAAUUUAAUACUAUCCUAUGUUUCUUUUUAGUUGCAACAUUGAAAAUUUUACACUAUUCAUAUACUCUACUUUGAUUACGUUUUAUUUAUUAAUGUAUGAGAUAUUUAAUUUGAAAAACAUUGUUCAAUUAGUCUCAUUACAAAUUUUCAUCAUCCGAUUUUUUAUAUUUUUUUACUGAUGAAGAAUUAAAUAUAAUAACGAUCAAAAUUGUGCAUUGGCAAGCAUGGAAAUGAGAAUUUUGCAACUAAAAAAGAAGGGAGGAACUAUAUACUUUGUACAUAUGAUGGAUCACAACUUGAGGGUGGGGAGUUGGAGGUAGUGGGAAGCUAUGAAAGGGAUGAUCACUUUGGCUGAUCUUAUAAGCAUGCUUAUUCCCAGGCCCAGCAGUACUCUUCUUCUUCUUCAACUCAUCAAGUAUUUGAUUAAUGGGGUUGCCUGAAGCAACUCCAAGCCCACCUCACUUGUAUCCCCAGACAAUUCAGCUCAUAAAACUCUACCAGGCUUUCAUAUUCUCAAUCCCAAUUCUCUUCUCUAUCAUAGUGUUCCUUUUGCUUUACUUGUUCUAUCUUAAGAGGAGGAUUUCCAUUGCCUCAACACUUCCCACAACUUUUGCUAAUCAGACUCCCAUGAAUGAAGGAGGUUUUGAUGGGAUAGUGCAAAAUUUCAAACUCCCUGUCAUAGCCUUUGGUGAAGAUUCCACAAUGGAAGAAUCACAGUGCUGUUGCAUUUGUUUGGGAGAGUACGAGAUGGAGGAUGAAUUGCAGCAGCUCCCACCCUGCAAACACAUAUUUCACUCUCAUUGUAUAUCCCACUGGCUUCGUUCCAACUCUACUUGCCCUAUCUGCAGAUGCCCCGUCUUUACCGGCUCCGGCAAGCUCCCGUCGCCAACAUAUUCUGUACCAGUCCAUUAGUUCCACCGCCGGGAGCCCGGGAUGCAACAGUUUCAUUUUAAACCCUAACAACCACAUUGAAUAAUUGUCUAUAAUAUAUAUCUCCUCAUAUGAUUUUGACAUUUUUAGGGACUUGGGCCAUACUUGGAUGUCAUGACUUCUGGAGUUACUCUUGAUCAACCAGUUCA